AUGGAACAAAAAAGGGAAAAUACUCCAUCGAAGGGACAACGUAGCAGUGAAAAAACAAUUUCUAGCGAAAUAAAAUAUGAGAUAACAGGAAGUGGUGGUAAUAUAAAUGAUAAUAUAGAAUAUAUCGAUUCGAUGAAUACAGCUGGCCUCGGAUACGAUACCACGGAAGAAGGAAUUUCGAAAACUCUUUAUGAUCAUCCCAAAGAUGAAUUAAUUAAUUACAAAAGACGUAUCGAUGCAAAUACCGAACAACAACGUGAACAUGCUGAUAUAAUGGCUGCACUGCAGCGUAAGAUUGAGCAAUAUCGGCGACGAUUUGCGGAAAUCGAAGGAAAACUGGCGGUGCGUGAAUUGAAUGAUUCGGGUGAUUUGGCAAAUAUAAAACUAAAUGAGGAAUGGUUGCUUAGUUCAAAAUUUAAAAUGCGGGAAAUUGGCGAUGCAGAAUUUGCAAACCAAUUAGAGGAUGAACGUAGAAGAGUGGAAGAUUUGGAUAUGCAAUUGCAACAAGAACGUCUUCAAAAUGAUCAAUUACAAGGCGAGAUUCAGCGUUUACGUCAGCAGUUUGGUAUUAGCAUCCGUGACAAGGAAAGAGUUUAUCAAAUACGGGAACGGAAUCUUACACGUUAUUUGAACGAAGAACAGCGUAAGAUGAUGGAGUUGUGGUCAGAGUUACAACGAGUACGUAAACAAUGCUCGGAAUACAGAGAACAAACGGAACAUGACCUGGAAAAUCAGCGUAAUGAAUUCAUCAAAGUAAUUCGGCAUGUAAGCGGUCUAGUCCGAGGACUUAAUGUUGAGAGUGGUACACAUACAUUAUUGUCGGAUUUGUCAAGUGAAAGUGGAGUAGAUAUCACCCAGGAUACUGUACUCAUCGAAGCGGUCAAACGUUUCCACGAUUCACAACAGCAAGCAGCUCCGGUAAUUGGACCAGAACUGAUCACUGAACUUCGGUUAGCUCGUUCCGAAGAUGCUGGUCUGCACGAUGAGCUUUUGAGAAAAUAUGAGGAAAGUGCAAAGCGAAUCAUCGAAUUAGAGAGCCGUGAUGAUGAAAGUCAUAAUAAAUUAGUUGCUUUGGAAAGUGAUCUGAAACGUACACGUGAUCGUCUUGCUGAGAGCCAGAAUGCUCUUCGUAAAUUAUAUGAUCUGGCAUAUGAUUAUGAAAUUGAUAGUAAAAAAAAAACAAGAUCAUCAUCACCAGCAAAAGGUUAUGUUCCACCACCUGAAGUUGUUCGUAGCGUUCGUUACGUCUUAAACAGUCGUAUCAAUGAUAAUAAUGUAUUGCAACGUAAAUUGAAAAGUGCUGAAGUUCAGGUUGGUGAACUUACAACCAAAUGUGAUUCACUUGAAGAAAUCCGUCAUCGUCUGGAAAAGCAAAUAGCUGACGCAAAUCGAGCACUAAUGAAUCGCGAAAGAGAAUUGGAUGAUGCGAAUCACACAGUGACAAAUCUGGAAGAUCGUUUAAAAAAUCUUGAACAGGAAAAAUUAUCCGUCGAAGGCGCACGUCGUCACCUUGAAGAUGAAAUUCGGAAAAUGAGAGAGCAAUUUAACAACACUCUAUUAGACGUAGAACGAAGAGCUGCUGAAGAUGCAGAUGAUCGUAUCCGAAAAAUCGACGAGGAUGCUAAACUACGCAUAUCUGAACUUACCGGUCGUAUUGAAAUGCUCCUGGAAGAAAACAGAAGGUUAAAAGAUGAAACUGAUGGCAUGAAAAAUCGAAUUCAAGAUAUUGAAAAAGAAUACAAUAAUAUUGUUAAGAAAUUGGAGAAAAAAGAUAAUGCAUUGAAAAAUUUGGAGAAUAUACGUCAACGUUUGGCUAAUGAAUUAGAGGAACAACGUGUACGGUUCGAUACAGUGACCAGUGAAUUCGACAAUUUGAGAACAAAUUACGAUAGUGCCAACAAGAACACGGUAGCUAUUGAAUUAACGGUGAAAGAAAUCAAGCAGCAACGGGAUGAAAUUAUAAAGCAAAAGGAUGCGCUGACGAAAGCGCUUGAUGAUUUAGAAAAUAAGCUGAAUAUUGAAGCAAAAGCGCGUGAUGAUGCCGAAAAGCUUAACCAACGUCAUUUGGAUGAAAUCAAUAAUUUCAAAAAGCAAAUCAACGAAUAUAUAACUGAAUCGACAGUUAUUCGACGUCAAAAUGAUGAUUUUGAUACGCAAUUGAAAACAAAUCAAGCCAAACUAACCAGCACGGAGAAUUCUUUGAUUGCUGCGAAAAAAGAAAUCGAAAAAUUAUCCGAAAUGAAUAAUCGCCUACAACAGGAUAAGAAUGAUCUUAGCGGUGCGAAACAAAAAAGUGAUACGGAAUUCAAGUUAAUUAAUGAAAGAAUCUAUAAAUUGGAGCAAGAAACGGAACGUAUUAGGAAAGAUAAUAAAGAAUUGGAAGAUCAUGAACGUAUAGCACGUGAGGACUUAAAACAAGAAACAAAUCGUAAUCAUCUUCUUAAAAAGGAACUUGAAGAAGCUCAAACUGAGAUCGUUGCAUUAAAUGAUCGUUUGGCAAAAAUGGAUGCAAAUUUCAAGGUGAAAUUAGACGAAACUAUCAGAUCAAACUUAGAUAAAUCACAUGAGAGCAAAAAUGAAAAGAUUCUUAUAAAGCAUGAAACGGAAGUCUAUGAGAUUAAUAGAUACAAGACUGAAUUGGAGAAACUUGAAACUGAUAAAGAUGAUUUGGAAAAACGUAUCGUCGCUUUGCAAGACGAAGUUAAUGAGAAAGAUCAAUAUACUGAUCAAUUGAAUGCUGAGAUCGCUGACCUAAAGCAUAAAUUACAAACUGAAAUUGAAAAGGUUCAGAAAGAAACAGCAAUAAUGCAAGAAAGAUAUCAUAUCGAAUUGGAUGAGGAAAAAGAUAACCAUCAAAAGAAGAUUCAUUCAAUGGAUGCUUUGGUGGAAGAAUUAAACAUUAAAUUAAGUAAUGCUGAACGAACAUUGGCUAAUUUAAAAAAUCGUGAUAGUAUCCUGGAACGUGAGAAUAACGAUUGGAAGGAAAAAUUUGAUGCAUUAAAUAUGGAAUUGGAUCAUUUACGUAAUGAAUUAUCAAUUGCACGACGUGAUGCUGAAAAAGAAAUUAAUCGUUAUAAUACCGAUUUACAAGCAGCACGUAAUGAAAUUAAAUUGCUUACUUCAACCAAUACCGAAAUGAAAUCGCAACUUACUACUGCAGAAGAUAAGAUCAAUUCAUUGAAUAAUAUUAUCACCGAUCAACAGGAUAAAAUUCGCGAUUCAACGAGUGAAAUUGGUCGUCUGGAAGGUGAAAUUAAAGAUGCAAAGGGAAAUGUAGCAAAUUUAGAAACUGAAUUAGAUACUGCUCGAGAACGGAUUCAUCUACAGGAAGAACAAUAUGCCUCGCUUCAAACCGAACUUAACAAAAUAAAAAGUGAUAUGGAUUCAUUGCUUGAUGAAAAUGAGAUGCUUAAGAGCACCAAACAAUCAAAUGAAAUUGAAAUGGAUCGUUUGCAACAGAAACUUCAGCGAUCAAUUGAAAAUGCUAAAAAACAUUCUGAUGCUCUUGAAAAACUUCGUUCUGAACAUGAACGCCUACAAAAUUCAUAUCGUGAAAAAGUAAAGCAAGUGGAAAAUCUCACACAGACAACUCAAAACUUGGAAUUACGAUUGAAUCAGUCACGUCGCGAACUUCGUGAUACAGGCGAUAAGCUAUUAGCUAGCGAAGGAGAUCGGAAUACGCUUCGAAGUGAAAUCGAAAAAUUACAACAUGAAGUACAAUUUCUGCGCGGACAAUUUCUUCGUAAGACGGAUGACUAUCAGGCGGCAAUGAAUGAUCUCAUAAGCGCUCAUCGAACUGCAGAAGAUGGUCGCGUUAAUGCUGUACAAGAAUUGGAAGCUCGCAAGUAUGAAAUCAAUGAUUUACAAUCUCGAUUAGAUAAUACGGAACAAUAUCUUAUAACUCUGCAACAAAAUUAUGCAACUGUAGAAAAUGAACGCGGAAUGUUACAUGAUGCAUUGCGUCGGCUUCAUUCGAUCAUCGACCGUACAACUGUGAUAAAUCGAUUUUUGAUCGAUGUUGAUGAAUCUAUUGAAGAAGGCAAGGAAACGAUACAGCAAGUACAUAAAUCACCUGAUGAAAAAAGAAAGGAGAAAUUUGAUAUUAGCGAACUUGAUGCAAAUUUACAAAAGCUAAUUGGACGUAUCGAAAAACUUGAAUUGGAACGGAAUGAAUAUCGCGAAGCGCUUGAUCGAAUAAAAAAGAAGGGUCUUGAUUCGUAUAUUAAAAUUAACAAACAGGAAACGAUCUUUAAAAAUGUCGAAGAUCAGCUAGUGGAUGCUGAAGAAGAUAGGCGUUCGUUGGAAAUGCGCUUAACAUCAGCCAAGCAACUUCUGCGCUCUCAAGAGGAAGCGCUCAAACAGCGUGAUGAAGAAAGACGGCAUAUGAAAUUGAAAAUAGCUAAAUUUGAAAUGGAAGCACGUGGAAAAGAGGCGCAAUUACGUCAACUCAAUGAACUUGUUCGAAAUUUGCGUAAGGAUUUAGAAAGAGCACAAGGUGAUUUAGGAGUACUUCGUGAUAAUGAAGAACAAUGGUAUGCGCAUAAGUUUUAUUUGGAAAGCAAAUUAAAAGAUCAGGAAAGUGAAUCACAACAAACUCGUUUAUCGAUAGGGACUUUAGAAACUGAACGAAAUUCUCUCAGUGAAGAAGUACGCGAGCUUACCAGUCGACUGCAGCAAAUCGAAAGUAAACAUAGUGAUAUGAGGGAAGACAACGACCGUUUGAAAAAGGAUUUGCUCAAAGCAUCAGCAAAUGAAGCAGAACUUCGACGAAGCAUUGAACAGAAUUCACGUGUUAUCAGUGAUAAUCAAAUUUUGAAAGAACAGCUUGGAAGUGCUCAGAAUGAUUUGUCAAAUGCAAAUAAUCGAAAACAACAAAUUGAGAAUGAGCUACUGAUAGUACGUUCCGAACUGCGUGAUAUGAAGCAACGCUUUACUGAUAACAGAAAUCGCAUAUCAGAUCUUCAGCGACAUUUAAUUGAUGCUGAAAAUGACAAAGAACGUCUUGCAAAUAGACUGCAUAAUUUGGAAAAGACAGUAUCACAACAACGAAUAACUGAAACCGAAAUUCGCCAACAAUUAUCAUCAGUGUUAGAUGAGCGCAAUGCGUUACAAAAUGAUCUCCGUGAUGUACGACGACAUUUAGCACGAGUGGAAGCAGAAAAGAAGAACAUUAGCGACAAAUAUGAGGAAAUUGAGAAAAUCCGCCUAUCGUUAAUGAAACGUAUCGAACUUCUUGAUGAGGAAAAACGAAGAGCCGAAAAUAUUCUUCAUGAAACAUCAUUACAACGUGAAGCAAUUGAAAAUUCUUUGAACGCAUUGGAACGUGAAAAUAAGGAAUUGCAUCGUAAUUGCGCACAAUUGCAACAACAAAUUGCGCAACUUGAAUUAGAAAAUGGCAACCGCCUGAUACAACUUACCAAUAAGCAACAUGAAGAACACGACAAAUUCGUGCAAAAUAUGAGAACGGAAAAGUUACAGAUCGAGCGAAUAAUUGAAAAUCGUGAACGUUCACUGAAGAGUCGAAUUAAUCAGUUGGAAAAUCAACUGAACAUUAUGCGUGAUCAGUUGAAUAGCGAACGUCGUAGACGUCGUGAAAUUAGUGACAAAAUAUUAAGUGGCGAAGUGAAUCGAUUGAAUAUAAGCUUUUCGGGUAGUGCAGAUGGAUAUGAUUUAUAUGAUAGAACAAUAAAUUCGUAUAAUACAUAUUUUGGUACACCAUCUUUCACCAUUGAUUCAUCAAGUUUUGAUCCAAAUGUUACGGAUGAUUCAAAAAUUAUUUUGAAACAUUCUGAUCGAACUGAAAGUAAUUAUAUGUAUGGUGGCGGAAAUCGUACUUCUGGUACAGUAACAAUAACAGGAACCACCGGAAGCAGCAAAUCAUAUCAUAACGAACGAAAUGAUGACGAUAUAAUCUCCGCUCAUACUGCCAAAGACAAUGAGGGGGGAGGAAAUGAUCCCGGUAAGGGUAUCAAACAGAACGAUGAUGAAGAUGGUUCAUUAUCGUUGAGUGAAGUUGGCAAGGGUGCGACAUUUGAGCAACAGCAGCAGGUUCAUGAUGCUCCCCAACAACAAACCGAUAAUUAA